AUGGCUCCCGCUCACCCCAGCCCUCAACCAGCCGCAUCCGCCAACCAAAUCCCUACCCUCCCUUCAACCACCUCCGACAGACGCUCCGCCUCUUACAACCCCCCCGUUGACGACGACGAGAAUACUCCCGGCGGCGAUCUCUCCCCCAAGCCGCUCGCCGGCGCCAAUAUCGACAUGCAGAUCCGCGAGUACCACAACAGCAUCAAGGCCACCUUGACCGCGCUGCUGAAUGAUGAACGGGUAAGACAAAACCCGGGCGGCAGCAAAUGUGUCCAGACGGGCCUUCUUGAAACGGAAAGGGACUUACGCAAGGAAAAGAGGAAAUCGCUCAGUACCCGGCCGCCGGAAGAGAAGCUAUAA